CAAAACCACUUGUCAAUACAACAACUACUAAAAGUCCAAGUGAGAGAAAUUGCAGAAUGAGUUUUGCGGGCAAGGUAAUGGAGAAAGGGUGCUGCGAAUUGUGUGGCAAAGCAGCAAAGAUGUAUUGCGUUUCGGAUGAAGCAAGGCUUUGCUGGGAUUGUGAUGAAAAAGUGCACAGCGCAAAUUUUCUGGUCGCUAAACAUUCAAGAAAUCUUCUUUGCCAUGUUUGUCAAUCUCCGACCCCAUGGAAAGCUUCCGGGACCAAGCUUGCCCCAACUAUUUCCGUCUGUCAAAGAUGCUUGCAUAGUUCUCCUGCUGCUGAAAACCCGGCUGUCAGGAGGACUAGGCAGGAACAAGUAGAAGAAGCAGAAGAUGAAACGACUGAUCAGAGGCGCCUUGGCGAUGAUCAGUAUAGUGAUGGGUCUGAAGAUAGCGACGGCUACGACGACUACGUCGACGAUGAGUUUCAAGAGGAAGAAGAUGAGGAGGAGGAUGGAGAGAAUCAAGUAGUUCCUUGGUCUUCUAGUCCUGCUCCGUCUUCCUCAGCUCUGCCUUUGACAACCUCUUCUAGUAGUGAACAUGGGUCUUUCUCCAGCAGAGAUGGUGGUGCCGCCGUUUCCUCCGCUCUAAAGCGAUCCCGUGACAACCGCCCUCCCGAUUCCGAUGAUGAGGAUGUAUGCUGUUCCACACAAAUCAACUUGAGUGCGGGUGCAAUGGAGGAUAGAAGCUCCUCUUUGAGAUCAUUAAAGACGGCGAGGGCAGAAGAAGAGUUGGUUCAUCGGCCGGAAAGUGAAAUAGAGUUGAUGAGGAAGAAGGGGAGAAUGGAACUGUUGGGCUCUUUCUUGAAUUUUCAGCAAACGACGGCGGCCGGUGAGACUGAUGCCUCGGAAGUCAUCCGAAAUCUCUCUAAACUCAGCAGAGAUGCGCAUUGACCAGGACAUCCAGCACAACACAACUGGAGUAUUUACACUACUAUUAUUUGACAAUAUCAAGUGCUAACCCAAUUUGCCAACCGAAGCUUGAAUUUCUGAUAAGUUUAAUUCAGCUGUUCAUUUCGACCAAUUAAUUAAACCAGACUUCCCAUCUUUUUUUUUUUUAAAGAGAGAGGUUGGAGGGUGGGUUUGUGGGUGGUAAUUGAAGUUACUAAUUAUGGCAGCUUUGUUUUUGCUAUACUUUCUAUUCUUGUUUCAUGUCAUUUUCUAUUACUAUUCUGUUGAUCAUAUUUUACUAUAGUGGUAGUUUAUAACUUUGGAGUGUCCUUUUUUGUCUC